GAAACCGUGUCUCUUGAAGAAUCUACCGAUGAGUCUGAGGAAGAAGAGAGUGAAGAGGAACCCAAACUGAAGUAUGAAAGGCUUUCCAAUGGGGUGACUGAAAUCCUUCAGAAGGAUGCCGCUAGCUGCAUGACGGUCCACGACAAGUUUUUGGCACUGGGCACACAUUAUGGCAAGGUUUAUUUACUUGAUGUCCAGGGGAACAUCACUCAGAAGUUUGAUGUGAGUCCUGUGAAGAUAAAUCAGAUUAGCCUGGAUGAAAGUGGAGAACACCUGGGCGUGUGUUCCGAGGAUGGCAAGGUGCAAGUGUUUGGACUGUAUUCUGGAGAAGAAUUUCAUGAGACCUUUGACUGUCCCAUUAAAAUCAUUGCCGUGCACCCACACUUUGUGAGGUCCAGCUGCAAGCAGUUUGUGACUGGAGGGAAGAAGCUGUGUGUUCUAAAGUUUGGUACCGGGCCGAAGCCAGAAGCAAGACAAAGGCACUGGCUGUUCACUGGGAUCUUCUUCCAGCCGCUCCUGCCUCCAUCAAGACUCAAGCCUCCUUCCUGUCUGCUGUCAGCAGCCACCUACCAUCCCCGGUCUUCUCGCUGUUCACCAGUUUCUUCUCACUUGCCUUGGAGGAGUGUGAAGUGGAGAGGCCAUCUGAUCGCUUGGGCCAAUAAUAUGGGUGUGAAGAUAUUUGACAUCACCUCAAAGCAAAGAAUCACUAAUGUGCCCCGGGAUGACAUCAGUCUUCGCCCAGAUAUGUACCCCUGCAGCCUCUGCUGGAAGGACAGUGUGACACUGAUUAUCGGCUGGGGGACUUCUGUCAAGAUAUGCUCGGUGAAGGAACGGCAUGCCAGUGAAAUGAGGGACUUGCCAAGCCGAUACGUUGAAAUAGUGUCCCAGUUUGAAACCGAAUUCUACAUCAGUGGUCUUGCCCCUCUCUGUGAUCAGCUUGUUGUGCUUUCCUACGUGAAGGAGGUUUCAGAAAAAACGGAAAGAGAAUACUGUGCCCGGCCCAGGUUGGAUAUUAUCCAGCCGCUCUCCGAGGCCUGUGAAGAGAUCUCGUCCGAUGCUCUGACAGUGAGAGGCUUCCAGGAAAACGAAUGUCGGGAUUAUCACUUAGAGUAUUCUGAAGGGGAAUCACUCUUUUACAUCGUGAGUCCAAGAGAUGUCGUGGUAGCGAAGGAACGAGACCAAGAUGACCACAUUGACUGGCUCCUGGAAAAGAAGAAAUAUGAAGAAGCUUUGAUGGCAGCUGAAAUUAGCCAAAAGAACAUUAAAAGACAUAAGAUUCUGGACAUCGGCUUGGCAUAUAUAAACCACCUGGUGGAAAAAGGAGAGUAUGACAUAGCAGCACGCAAAUGCCAGAAAAUUCUUGGGAAAAAUGCAGCACUCUGGGAAUAUGAAGUUUAUAAAUUUAAAGAAAUUGGACAGCUUAAGGCCAUUAGUCCUUAUUUGCCAAGAGGGGAUCCAGUUCUGAAACCACUCAUUUAUGAAAUGAUCUUACACGAAUUUUUGGAAAGUGAUUAUGAGGGUUUUGCCACGCUGGUCCGGGAAUGGCCCGGAGAUCUGUUCAACAAUUCGGUAAUAGUUCAAGCCGUUCGGGAGCACCUGAAGAAAGACAGUCAGAACCGGACCUUACUUCAGACCCUGGCAGAAUUGUACACUUAUGAUAAAAACUAUGGCAAUGCUCUGGAAAUAUACUUAACAUUAAGACAUAAGGAUGUUUUCCAGUUGAUUCACAAGCAUAAUCUAUUCAGCUCUAUCAAGGAUAAAAUUGUUCUGUUAAUGGAUUUUGAUUCUGAGAAAGCUGUUGACAUGCUUUUGGACAAUGAAGAUAAAAUUUCAAUUAAAAAGGUAGUGGAAGAAUUAGAAGACAGACCAGAAUUACAGCAUGUGUAUCUGCAUAAGCUUUUCAAGAGAGACCAUCAUAAGGGGCAGCGCUACCAUGAAAAACAGAUCAGCCUUUAUGCUGAAUAUGAUCGACCAAACUUACUUCCAUUUCUCCGAGAUAGUACCCAUUGCCCCCUCGAAAAGGCUCUUGAGAUCUGUCACCAGAGGAACUUUGUAGAAGAGACAGUUUAUCUUCUAAGCCGAAUGGGCAAUAGCCGAAGUGCCCUGAAGAUGAUCAUGGAGGAAUUACAUGAUGUUGAUAAAGCAAUUGAAUUUGCCAAGGAGCAAGACGAUGGAGAGCUCUGGGAAGACCUGAUUUUAUAUUCCAUCGACAAACCACCAUUUAUUACUGGCUUGUUAAACAAUAUUGGCACGCAUGUUGACCCAAUUCUACUGAUUCACCGUAUCAAGGAAGGAAUGGAGAUUCCCAAUUUGAGAGAUUCCUUGGUUAAAAUUCUGCAAGACUACAAUUUACAAAUUCUGCUUCGUGAAGGCUGCAAGAAGAUUCUCGUGGCGGACUCUCUGUCUUUACUGAAGAAAAUGCAUCGAACUCAAAUGAAAGGCAUUCUGGUCGAUGAGGAGAACAUCUGUGAAUCGUGCCUGUCCCCUAUUCUUCCAUCAGAUGCAGCCAAGCCCUUCAGUAUGGUGGUCUUCCAUUGCCGGCAUAUGUUCCACAAGGAGUGCCUGCCUGUGCCCAGCAUGACCUCUCCAGCACAGUUCUGCAACAUCUGCAGUGCUAAGCACCGGGGACCAGGAAGUGCCAUUUUGGAGAUGAAAAAAUAGCUAUGUUCUGUUUGUCAGUCUCUUUCUCACCGCUUUUUUGAAGAUGAUUUUUUCAACAACAGAAGCAUUCGUUGAUACCAGUGCUGUUAAGAGUUUUGUACAUGUUUAUGCUAUGCUCAAAAAAACUUUCAUCUUCACUUGUC